CAUCAAGUUACAAAUGUCACUUAUAUAAGGUAAGGUUUAAUAUUUUUUAAUUUACGGAAUCAUGUCCGAAAACUCCGAAAUCAAGCCAUACAGCUACUUCGACGCCCCGAGUGGUGAAGAUGUCUUCAAUAAGUGGUAUUGUUUGAUGAAGCCCACAGCUCUCACUGCCGCUGGGAUCGGAAUUUUCGACGUCCUUGCUUGGUCUCACCCCAAGGGCUAUUUGCCAACCCUAGGCCGUUUGGUACAUGUAUGCUGGCCACUUUUUGGGGCCAGCACAGCCUUUGUGGUAACCUCCAACAUUUCUUCAAGCUUGAGAAAGAAGGACGAUAACUUGAACUGGUUCAUUGGGGGAUUUGCAGCAGGAAGUGUUUUUGGACUCUGGAGGAAACGGACCAUUGUGGGAUUCAAUAUGGGGAUGCUUUUCGGAACGCUGGCUGUCAUCAGGAAGAUCAUGCAUGAUAACAACUGGUUGGUAACUCCUCCCAAUGAUAUUGUAAUUGGCAGUCAAGGUGUUUGGGACUAUGAUUUCACUUUAACAAAACAUAGGCCAGGUAACUGGACCACUGGUAAAUAAUUUGUGUGUAUUUAGAUGCAGUUGUGUAAAUAUAAAUAUCUUAUUGAGUAGCAGGUACAUCUUUUCAAUUUACCAACCAAAAUAAAUGUAUAUCAUCCUCUAAUCUCUGACAUACUAUCCUAGACAUGAGUCAAAAAUUUUCUAGAUGUCAUCGUGAAAGGGCUAUGAAUUAUUAUUGAAUGUUCCUUUAAAUUUCUCACAAAAACAAGUGGAAUAAUGUUCAUGAGAAUUCUAAACUAACAUGCUUCUUUAACUGUUUUCAUUGGUAGACAAAUAUGUUAUAU